UAUGGCGACUUGAGGCGGCAGCGCGGCGACUUGAGAGGGCUCUCCCCCUCUCCCCCCGCCGGCACCGCUGCCUCGCCCCGACUACAACUCUUCCUCGCCUCUGAGCAGGGGCGGGCUGGGGCUGCCUCCGGCUGCUGGGGUCAGCGCUCCCAUGGAGGACGAGGACUGCCCCGAGCUGGUGCCGAUAGACGCCGUCGGCGCGGAGCAGACUGUGCCCGGCCCCAGCGAGAAGAUCCCGGUGACGAUCAUCACGGGAUACCUGGGAGCUGGGAAAACAACUCUUCUAAAUUACAUACUGAUGGAACAGCAUAAUAAAAGAAUAGCAGUUAUUCUGAAUGAGUUUGGAGAAGGAAGUGCCUUGGAGAAAUCCCUAGCAAUCAGCCAAGGGGGAGAACUCUAUGAAGAAUGGCUGGAGCUCAGAAAUGGCUGCCUAUGCUGUUCAGUCAAGGACAAUGGUGUGAAGGCUAUUGAGAACCUGAUGCAAAGGAGAGGAAAAUUUGACUAUAUAUUAUUAGAAACAACGGGUUUGGCAGAUCCUGGUGCUGUGGCCUCCAUGUUCUGGGUUGAUUCUGAGCUGGGAAGUGACAUCUAUCUUGAUGGUAUUGUUUCUGUUGUUGAUGCAAAGCAUGGAUUACAGCACCUGACAGAGGAAAAGCCAGAAGGCCUUGUCAAUGAAGCAUGUCGGCAAGUUGCAUUGGCUGAUCUUGUAAUCAUCAAUAAAACAGAUUUGGUUUCAGGAGAAGAAUUGGAUAAAGUCAGAACAACUGUCAGGUCAAUAAAUGGACUUGUAAAAAUUCUAGAGACACAAAGAUCAAGAGUUGAUCUCUCCAGUGUCCUGGACCUGCAUGCUUUUGACAGUUUAUCUGGAAUAAGUCUGCAGAAAAAGCUUGAGCAUGUAAGGACAACACAAGCGCAUCUAGAUAAGGGCAUAAUUACAGUAACAUUUGAAGUUCCAGGAAAUGUAAAAGAAGAAAACUUGAAUCUCUUCAUUCAGAAUCUUCUGUGGGAGAAGAAUGUGAAGGAUAAAACUGGACACACCAUGGAUGUUAUAAGAUUGAAGGGACUGGUAUCUAUUCAAGGCAAAUCUCAUCAGGUGAUAGUCCAAGGUGUCCAUGAACUCUAUGAUCUGGAAGAGACCGCGGUAGCCUGGAAAGAAGAUGAAAAGAGAACAAAUAGAGUGGUCUUAAUAGGCAGAAACUUGGAUAAGGAGACCAUCAAAGAAGUAUUCAUAGCCACUAUGAGAGAGAAACAAGGGAACAGUUGACAUCAGCUACAGAAAACACGAAGUAUCUGCUUAACCCUGCAAGCUUUGUAUGAGAGAAAAUACAAAUACUGAAUGACAUGCGAUAUAUGCAGUAUAUUACUUGUUUUUUUGUCUUGCAGUGUACACAGCAGUUAAACUCUGAAGUCCUUAUAAGGAUGCCAACUGACCUACUGUUUAGAGAUUAACUCCUACAGUCUAGAACCAAACACAAAGAGUUUCACUAUUUUGUAUUUGGUUUAUGUCAGUUAUGCUAGUAACAUCGUUUACAUGUGCAGAAAUGGAGACAGACAAAAGAGGCAAAAUUCCUACCCUGUGCAGUAGGAAUAUGGUAAAUAUGUUCAAAGCCUAGUGCUUCCUUCAACUGACUGUGUUUUACUACUGCAAAUAACAGCAAUUACUCCCUGUGAUGUAAGCACAUGGAAAAUUAUUUACUCUCUACUAUUAAAAUGUCUUCCAUCUC